AUGCUCAAGCGAAAGCCCGAGGACGGCUCUGCUCCCCGGCCACGACAGAAGCCCGGCUCCGCCUGUGAAGAGUGUCGUCGUCGGAAACUACGCUGUGAUAGAGAGCGACCGCAAUGUAAAGUGUGCGCCGAGUCUGGAGUAGAGUGCCAUAUCACAACCUAUCGCCCUCCCCGGGGGCCCAAGCCAGGACAUAUCAAGGAUCUAGAGAGCCGAGUGGGUAAGGCUUACCAAGCCCUAACUGCCCUAGAAAAAUGUUUCCAGGCCCAACAAAAUCAAGACAUCUGUCUCCCCGAGACUAGCCUCACCCAAAGCCCAUUGCUCGACAGAAUCUCCGCGAACAAUUCACCGCAGAUCUCGUCAGAUAUGCGUAAUGGGGAUUGCGAUAUGCUUAUAUCCCCUCUCUCGCUAUCUACAGGCCUCCCGCCGUCGCCUGAGUCAUUCGCAGCCUGUCACCCAAUGGGUAUGUCGAAUGCGAUGCAGGAAGAACUGAAUCGGUUGUAUUUCGACAGGGUCCACAUGUUUGCUCCUAUGUUGCAUCAGCGCCAGUAUCACUCACGAGCUCAUCAGGCUGCAACAUGCACGUCUCGAAGCUGUCUUCAAUACGCCAUGUGGACUCUAGCAGCGGCAUCUUCCUCCCAAUUUCAACAUAUUUCCGACAGUCUCUACCGGGUAGCCAGGCAAAAACUGGAAACUUUGCCAGAAACGGGCGUUGGCGCCGACAUUGAGGAGAUCCAGACAUGGAUCCUACUGACCAUCUAUGAAGUCACCCAAGGGAAUUACACACGCAGCUGGAUUAGUGCAGGACGAGCUUUUCGACUGACACAGCUCAAGAGACUAUUUGAUAUCGAUGGGCCGAAACCUAUUCUUAGCUGCUCUGAUACGAUGGGGCAGAAUGAGUGGGCGCGGACUGAGGAAAAGCGCCGCACCUUUUGGAUGGCGUAUCUGCUAGAUCGCUUCCUCAGUAUUCAGGCUGAUCUGCCUCUAACCUUUACCGAACAAGUGAUCUCAACACGUUUACCAGCAUCUGAAGAAUGCUUCCAAACCUCGCGAUUCGUUACUACAGGGCUACUCUCUGAGGAGAUAGCCCGAACGGAUCAAAAUUCGCUUCCAGUGUUCACCGAGUGUAUCUUACUGGUCACCAUCUGGGGGCGCUCCCUAUCCCACAAACAGUUGUCCUCUGUUGAGAACAUCUAUGGCGACACACUGGCAGACGCCUGGGUAAGACACCAAUGGCUCCACGAUACCCUCUUGCAGAGAAUUCGCCUACUCUCCAACGAGUUCCCAUUAGGCAAUCAGUAUAUCGACCCGAUGGUGAUCUUCAUCAACAUCGUUGCCCAGGCGGCAAUCAUUUAUCAAUACAGCAUCAUCGAGUCCAUGCCCUACGAAACAGCAGACCACGGCACUACGAUUCUGAUUUCGAAAACCCAGGCAUUAACAGCCGCACAACAUAUAAUUGAUCUAACGAAAUCAUUAGCGCAACUCAGUUCGUCCAAGGCCCAUCCAUUUACCGCAAUUCCCCUCUAUAUAGCUGCUGAACUUUGCAUGGUGCAGAGUGGCUUAGACUAUGGAUGCGCGUUGGAACUUCAUAAUAUACAGGAGGGCCUACGCAGUCCCCAGACCUGUGGUAAUGCAGCUCAGUCGUUCCUACAAAUGUUGAGGGUGGACCAAGUCCCAACUAUGGGUAAUAUUGUUCCGGACCCAAUCUGGCAUGACUCUGGAUCAUUAUAUUCGCCCUGGGAGUCAUAG